CAAAGCACUCAUAAUUGGGGGCUAUAAAAGGUCAACCAUAUCUGAGGCGGCCAUCAUUUGUUCUAGUCUUCAGAGCGCACGGCGGACCUAGGACAAAUACCAAGGCCUGUGUGUCGCUUAGCUCCUUUCUGUCGCCUGUUUAAGGGAGUCAGUGCCGGAAGAUGUCAAUGUUGUAUAGUGUGGUUGUCCUAGUGGUCUUGGUGGCCGCCUGGGUGAGCCCAGCCGCAGGUCAGACCACAGAUGCUGCCAUGACAACAACUGUAAGGCCUUUCUUGUCCGACAAGCAGGUUCACAUUCGCUGCACACGCGACUACAUGGAGGCCAAGAUAAUCAAAUCUGAGAUAAGUAACCUGGAUACCAGUUACUUGCACCUUAACGAUAAGAGUUGCCGGUCCACCGAGAUCACCGACGAGCAUGUCAUCUUCCGCACCGCUCUCGAGGGGUGUGGCACCACCCAUAACGUCAGCGAUGACGGGAAGUACAUCGUCUACUACAACUCUAUUACAGGAAACAUGAAGUCUCUUACGACGGAGAGUGUGAUCACACGUGAGCACCAGGCCGUGAUGCCCUUCAAGUGUUCAUACGAGAGAAAGGUCGUGCUGUCAGUCGUCUCCUUCUCGCCGAGAGCCGCUAAACUCUACACCAAGACAGCGUCUUUUGGCAACUUCACCUUUUUCAUGGACCUGUACAAGAGCAGCGACUACAAGCAAAAGCAUAGCUACCCCGCGGAGAUCGGCGUGGGCUCCCGCAUGUACCUGGAGGUGAGGGUGCAGUCGAAUGACUCUAAGCUCGCCGUGGCCCCCCUACACUGCCGCGCCACACCCACCUCCGGCUACGAGGACAUGCCGCGAUAUGUCUUCAUCAACGACAGUUGUGCCACGGAUUCGACGGUUCAGCUGAAGCACACUGAGACUGCAGCACAGCGCUUCAGCAUGGGCGCGUUCCGCUUCCUCCCCGACUACAACGACGUGUACCUCCACUGUGAGGUGGUGGCCUGUCGCCAGGGGGAUAAGGACUCGCGCUGUGCUGCGGGGUGUCCCAGGUCUGGCGGAGGGAGGCGAAGGAGGUCGGCAGUGGUAGUGGACGAGUUUGAUUACAAGCUUUCGUUAGGACCGAUCCGCCGCGCAAGUCAGACCAAGCAGGCAUCGGCGCCCGCAGCAAACCCGCCCAGUGGCAAUGUCGGCCUGGUCACGAUCAUCGCAAUCACGGCCGGAGUGCUAGCUCUGAUUGCCUUUGUCCUCGUCCUUGUCGUUGUCAUGGUGAUCAGACGUCGUCCAAUGAAUGGCAAGCAUGACUUGCUGGUAGUCGCCGACGAGUAACCAAAGUUAAACUGACUCCUUUAAAUUUCGAUAUGGUGUUUACUUUUAGAAAAUGUUUUAAUCAUUUUUACUACGUUAUACAUUUUCUAGUUCUUGUUAUCAAUUGAAUAUUUUUUAAAAUAUAAUCUGUAGUAUAAUUUGUUAAAAUGUAACUAUAUGUUAGAAGUUGAAUAAAGGAUUUUGUUUUAAA